UGACGAACAGCAUUAGCCAUACGCAAGGUGGCGACUUGACUGAGGGGGGCGCCAUUGCCAUAGUAUCCGUCCGUAAGCGUUUGAAAUGAUGCAGUUAGUGAAAUUCUCCCUUGGUGUCACUUCGAGGCGGAGGCGUCAAUAUGUGUACGAUCGCAGCUCGAAUCUUGCCUGUAAUAUUAUCAUCACUAUUUGCUUCCGAAACACUAAAGACACGCAAAUUGUGCGCCUGAAAGCCGGCCCGCUGGAUAUUUAAAGGGCAUGAUCGGACUGCUGGCUUUUUCCGCGACCCAAGCCCCCGAAAAGCAAUAAGCGAACCAGAAGCAAGACAAAAAGUGCUCAUACUGCGGCGAGCCUAAGGACGGCAUCCGGCCUCGGUAGGAGGGCUGAGAUCGGGGACUCGGCACGUCGUUUCUGGGCUUGAUGGAAAAAAUGAAGAAGUUUAAGCGGCGGCUGUCCCUGACACUGCGCGGGAGCCAGACCAUUGACGAGUCUCUGUCGGAGCUGGCUGAGCAGAUGACCAUCGAGGAGAGCAGCAGUAAGGACAACGAGCCCAUGGUGAGGAAUGGCCGCCCCCCCACCUCCCACAGCAUGCAUUCUUUUCUGCACCAGUACACCGGAUCCUUCCGGAAACCACCCCUGCGUCGCCCCCACAGCGUCAUCGGGGGCAGCCUGGGCUCCUUCAUGGCCAUGCCACGCAAUGGCAGCCGGCUGGACAUAGUGCAUGAGAACCUGAAGAUUGGCUCAGAUGGAGAGAGCGACCACGCGUCCGGGACGUCCUCCGAUGAGGUGCAAUCCCCCACAGGCGUGUGUCUCAGGAACCGGGUCCACCGCCGCAUCUCCAUGGAGGUAGGCGUGUGCAUGUGCAGCCCCGUUCAUGGCACACACACAGUCAUGUUUCAGCCAUCAUUUCAACUUUGUCUGGGAUCCAUGAUACUCUUUUUUUGCAUAUCUUUGAUCUUUCUGGUUAUGUUCUUGCUGUGUUGGUUGGGUAUUUUACAGCUUUUGCUCCAGUGUUAACUUACACUAACCUUG